AUGAGAAAGUUCUUUCACCGUUGUUUUGUUGGUGUUAAUGAUGAACAAGAUUUAAUCAACACAAAGCACAACACAACAAUCAUCAAAAUUGGUGAUGAAAUGGUGUACUCAUCGUUUCUUUUGAAAUUGAGUGAAGACGUAAUUUCUGAUCAAAUAAUUCCAUAUUUUGAUGCAAAAACUCUCAUUUCAUUUGCUGGUGUUUGUUCGGAAUGGAGAAGAAUUGUCAAAUCAACCAAAGUGAAAGGUGUCCAGUGUAUCUCUGUUCAAUAUAAUGCCUCAAACCUCAUGUUUCAAUCUCUGACCGAGACACAAAUAAGUGGGUUGACAAAAGGCGACUUGAAUGAAAUAUUUUCAGAGUUCUCCUUUGACGGACAUAUUGGGAGAAAAUUUAAAGAAAAUGUAACAUUUCAACGACCAAUGUUUAAAAGAUUGUUCAAUUCGAAAAAGAUUGAAUCUUUGACAUUACAAUCAACCAAUAUCAUUACCAAAGAUAUUCCUUCCAGACAUAUUUCACCACUCACCAGUUUGAAAUUGAUAGAUGUUGAUGUGAAGAUUGAACAGUUGAGAAUCAUAUGCAAUAGAUUGGAUAAUCUAACAGAAUUAACAUUGAUUGGAACUAAUAUUGACAAAAGAGCAGGACAAAUUAUUUCCAACUCAAAAUUGAAAAAUCUGACACACCUCACCAUUGGUGAUAAUAUUGGAAGCGAAGGAGCUGAGUAUAUAUUGAACUCCAACAAAUUGAGAAAUUUGAAAAAACUGGAAUUUGUUGAUGUCAUGAGGGCACUAAAAAAACUAGAAAAAUAUUGCUUGGUUAAUCAUGUUUCACCAAUUGACCCCACAAAGUUUCCAAUACUUUGCAGUUUUACCUCAAAUAGCCAUUUUUUAUCUAAAGAAGGAAUAAUGAACGUGUUAAACAGUGGAAUUUCAUGGAAAGAAUUAACAUUUGUUUCAUGUACGAGACCGUUUGAUGACAAUUGCCUGUUGUAUAUUAACAAAAUUACUUCAAUUGAAAAACUAUGUUUAGACAACCCUUAUCAUAUGAUAAGUAGCUCAACAUGCAAAUACUUGUCAUCCUUGCAAAAUUUGACUCACCUUGAGAUAAGCGUGGAUAAUGACGGUUUUAUUGAGUUGUGUAAUAUUGAGCCCAACAAUUUGAAACAUUUCUGCAAUUAUGGUUCAGAAACCUCUGAAAUCUCUGAACAUACUAUUCAACAAUUUUGUGACACAUUUCAAAACCUAACUUUUUUGAAAUUGAAUAACACCAAGUUGGGACCAGGUUGCAUGUAUCACAUCUCUCAAUUACCAAAUUUGACGGAUUUACGAUUAGAAAGAACGAAUGUUGAUACGGAAAGCAUCAAACAUAUUUCAAGUAUGAACCUUCUGAAAUCACUUACUCUUGGCUCUGCCGUCUCAUGUGAAGAAUUGCGGUAUCUGUGCCAUGGUAACCUCAUCAAUUUGAAAACUCUAAUAUUUUCAUGUUUACGGCCCGCCGCUUCACCCGAAAUUAGAGCGUUUGAUGGAAUGGACGCUGCAUAUUUGUCUGUUUCAAAUUUUCCAAAAUUGACAUAUUUAAGCAUAGAAUAUGGACUCUUCCAAUACAAUAACUUUAUGAAAAAUCUUGCUUCAGGAUCAUCUUUGAAACAUUUGAAACAUUUAGAGUUGUAUACUUCCCGUUAUGAUGAACCAUCAUUACUUGCCAUUAUGAACAAUUUAUGUCCUCAAUAUUUGACGAUUCUUCGCCAAAGCAAUUUGAAUUAUGAGAAAAUGCGCAAGAAAACAGCAUCUCCAACCAAAAUAGUUUUUUAUGAAGGUGUGGCAGACAAGUUUAUUUCCCUUCAAUAA